AUGCAGAAAAAGGGAUGUGGCAACGACGAUUGUCCGACUUGCGGCGACGUAUGCGUCUUACCUCGAAUGAACGAUUCAUCAUGCAGCUGGGAUGAGAUGAACCGUAGGCUGUGGAAGAAGUUCACGGUGUUGGUUGGUCGGACCCAUAUGCCGAACUGGAGGAAACGCGGAGCCUACAAGAUGAUCAAGAAUCUGCCGUAUCCGUUGUGCGUCGAGUAA